CCGAGUCAGCUGACCAUAUCCAUAUGAAAUAGAAUUUAUCUUAAUGAACUAAAUAUUUGAAACAUUACUAAUUAAAUACAAAUCGAAAAAAAAAUUUAAAUAAAAGAACGUAAGCGGGAACAAGUAAAACGGUAGACGAAGCAUGCCAUCUAGGUUGUUCGCUCAUUCUCUUCUUCAAAACCUUCUCUUUUAUAUACUCUCUCCUCUCUGCAACUAAUCUUCACAACACAAUCCAAAUCCAACGCUCCAACGUUUAUUCCAAGUCUCAACCAAAAUGGCUCCAACUCUCUCUACCGCUAACUUCGCAGACCCAGCUGAAGUAACCGAGUUCGUGGUCAACAAAGGCAAUGGCGUAAAGGGUUUGUCAGAAACAGGAAUCAAAGCUCUUCCGGACCAAUACAUUCAACCAUUUGAAGAGCGUCUCAUCAACAAGUUCGUCAACGAGACAGACGAAGCUAUUCCAGUCAUCGACAUGUCGGACCCUGAUGAGAACAAAGUCGCUGAAGCUAUCUGUGACGCUGCUGAGAAAUGGGGUUUCUUUCAGGUGAUCAACCAUGGAGUUCCUUUGGAUGUUCUUGACAACGUGAAGGCUGCGACUCACAGGUUCUUUAAUCUUCCUGUUGAGGAGAAGAGCAGGUUCACAAAGGAGAAUUCUCUGACGACCAAUGUUAGGUUCGGUACUAGUUUCAGUCCUCGUGCUGAGAAGGCUCUCGAGUGGAAAGAUUAUCUCAGUCUCUUCUUUGUGUCCGAAGCCGAAGCUGAACAGUUUUGGCCUGAUGUUUGCAAGAAUGAAGCUCUAGAGUACAUGAACAAGUCCAAGACAAUGGUGCGGAAGCUUCUAGAGUAUUUAGGAAAAAAUCUCAACGUGAAAGAGCUAGACGAGACCAAAGAAUCACUCUUCAUGGGCUCAAUCCGAGUCAACCUCAACUACUAUCCCAUCUGUCCUAACCCUGACCUAACCGUUGGCGUUGGUCGUCACUCAGACGUCUCUUCCCUCACCAUUCUCUUACAAGACCAAAUCGGUGGCCUCCACGUGCGUUCUCUAUCUUCAGGGAACUGGGUUCACGUGCCACCGGUUCCUGGAUCCUUUGUCAUCAACAUAGGAGACGCCAUGCAGAUCUUGAGCAACGGUCGUUACAAGAGCGUGGAGCAUCGUGUCUUAGCUAACGGUAGUAACAACAGAAUCUCUGUUCCUAUCUUUGUGAAUCCAAAACCAGAGUCAGUGAUUGGUCCUCUCCCUGAGGUGGUCGCAAAUGGUGAGGAACCGAUUUAUAAAGACGUUGUGUACUCUGAUUACGUCAGGUACUUCUUCAAGAAGGCACAUGAUGGAAAGAAAACCGUUGACUUCGCCAAGAUAUGAUCAGAACCAGACCUAAAUGGAGUUUGGUUUCUUGUUUUGUUUCAUGUUUGUGUGUUUGCUUGUGAGUGAAUAAAGAAGACUCUCUUCCAUAUUGUGUUGUAUACAGUUUCUCUUAUAUAAAAAAGUGUUACAAAAGCA